AUGCCCUCGAGAGAUAACCUUUCCUGGUCACCUCUAGCCUGUUCAACGGCUACGCGAGAGAAAUGCGAAGCUUGGUUACAGAGACGGGACCCUCAUGCUGGACCUCUGAUGGAGACUUGCUCUUCUUUGGAUACCUUCAACACUUUAGCGCCUGAAUUCGCUGCUGCGCACAGAAUCAAAUGGAUGUCUGUCAUUUCAAAAUGCAUCGGUCCUUCAUCACCCCUGUUAAAGACAUGGGCCACCAUUGACGUCCAAGAAGCCUUCUAUAGUGCAUUCUGUGCGGAGCAAGCCUGCCAGGCAAGCUUGCUGCCACAGCCUUAUAUGUCAAAAAUGAACCGUGCUCAAGCUGAAAUAAGCUUGUACACAGUGGCCAUUGGAAUCGCCCGUGAACGCGACUUUCCUGACAAGACUGGCAAACCAUUGUUCUCCGAUCGAUUUAUUCCACCUCCUCUACCAGACGAACUAUGUUACUAUGACCAUGACAUUGACGAUGAGGCGAACGAUUGCAAUGACUUCAAAUUCUAA